AUGAGAAAACGAGCGGGCGUAAACUGCAGGGCGCUAAGCGAGCUGCUCGACCGCUUGCAAAAGGAAACAACGGCCGUCGACGGGGAAUAUUUUCAAUUCAGGCACAAUUCCUGCCAAAUGAUGAUCGUCGAAACACUGCACUGCUUGCGGGGUUGUAAAUUCGAACGAAAAGCAGAAUCAGCCCAGCCUCGUCUGCAGCAGCAGCAGCAGCAGCAUCCUGCAGUGCUUCGGAAUCGUCUGACCACUGUCAAAGAACAGUUCGCAUUGCAAAACCUCGACCAUCUCUUUGAUCCGCGCUUUCUUUCUAGCGUCGACCGCCCGCCUGCUUCGUUCGGCCUUUCCGCUCGCAGCCGUAGCUAUAGUCCAAGCAAACCCGCUUGCAGCUCGAUUGCACAUCGCCUUGGCGGUAUCACAAAGCACCGCACACCAAGAAGUGCAAGCCCCUGUACCCCAUCCCAUACAAAGAUGCUCUCAUCAGUACCAUCCACAUCAAGAGCAGCUGCGCUCCUGAUCGCAGCCACGCUUCUCCUCCUCGCCACCACCACCGAAGCACAAGUCUCGAGCGCAUUCGCAGGAACAAGCUUCCCCCUCUCCUCAUACGUACCCGCCAACACCUUCACGCCCGUCACUACCUUCGCUCAGGCUACAGGAGGCAACCCAACCGUCAUCGGCGGUCCCGGUCCAUCACCUGCCUCCGGCUCCUACCAAUACAGCUACACCGUCCCCACGCAAACCGUCCCCGCUAUCUUCCCCUCGCAAGUCUACCAGAGCUUGGCCUCCAGCGCUGGCUACAACACGGCUCCCAACGCCAAAAAUCUCGUACCAGACCCGAACAACCUUCAGAUUCCAAGCAAUGCGGCAGCGGAUCAGUUCAACUUUGCCGCUGCCAAGGCUGUCUUCUUCAGCGUAGCAGCGGCUGCCGUGGUUGUGGUCAUGCUCUGA